AUGCCUUCAUUCCCUCCCCCGCCGUCCACUGCCCUCGACUGGGCCAACAUUGGCUUCCGUAUGCACGAAGUCAACGGCCACAUCGAGUCCCGCUACUCCCACAAGACCGGGAAAUGGACGCCCCUGCAAUUCGUCACCGACCCCUUCAUCCGCAUGCACGGCAUGGCGCCCGCCAUCAACUACGGCCAGCAAGUCUAUGAAGGCCUCAAGGCCUUCCGCACACCCGGCGACUCCUCCAUCCAGAUCUUCCGCCCCGACCGCAACGCCGCCCGCAUGCAGCACAGCGCCGAGUGCGUCUCGAUCCCGCCCGUCCCAGUCGACAUGUUCAUCGACGCCUGCAAGGCGGCUGUGGCCCUCAACGCCGAGUGGGUGCCACCGCACGACACGGGAGCUGCCAUGUACGUGCGACCCCAGGUCUACGGCUCGAGCGCACAGCUCGGCCUGAGCCCGCCCGAGGAGUACACCUUCUGCGUCUACGUGCUGCCAACCGGUGUGUACCACGGCGUGCAUCCUGUGCGCUGCCUCAUCCUGGACGAGUUUGACCGUGCCGCGCCGAAUGGCACCGGGAAUGCCAAGGUCGGCGGCAACUAUGCGCCCGUGUUGAGGUGGACGGACAAGGCGCGCAAAGAGGGCUUCGACAUCACCCUGCACCUGGACAGUGCAACCCACUCCGAGGUGGACGAGUUCAGCACGAGCGGCUUCCUUGGCGCGCUAGUCGACGGAGACAAUGUUACGAUUGUGGUGCCAGAUUCCAGCAACGUGAUCAAGAGCGUGACCAGCGAGAGCGUUCAGCGUAUCGCCCAGACCUUCGGUUGGAAGGUGGAGCAACGGUCGAUCAAGUACGCAGAACUGCCCAACUUCCAAGAGGUGAUGGCUGCUGGAACAGCCGCCUCCCUGGUGCCCAUCCGAUCCAUCACCCGGCGCCUAGCUUCCUCAGACCCCAAGUCCUGGGCCGCCACUGUCAAGUCACACCCCCGACUGGCCCUUGACGCUGCCAAGGGCGAAGAGACAGUCACAUAUAUCCCCGAGGGCCAGGAGGACGCGGGCCCUUUGACCCUCAAGCUGCUCACGCAGCUCAAGGGGAUCCAGGCGGGCAAGGUCGAGGACAAGCUCGGCUGGUGCGCCAAGCUCUCCGACGAGGACCGCAGGAAGGCCCUCGGCCACGAGGUGGUGACCAACGGGACGAAGGGGGAGGACCUGAGCGUCGGCCAGAUGGACUAG